AUGGGGCCUGGCCUAUUACUGGCAUCUCUGUUCUGUGUGUGCUUCUUGCUGCAUGAGGUGGGUUCUCUGAGCCUCACUGAGAACCCUAAGAAACAGAAGGCAAAGCACAUGCUCCGCAUUAAUGAGGUCAAUGCAGAUAACCCAGGGAUCGACACCUUGGAGUAUGUGGAGUUGUAUCACACAAGUGGCCAGCAGACCCCUCUAGAUGGCUACUCUUUGGUCUUUUACAAUGGCAAGGGCAAUAUGGCCUACAAAGUCCAGGAUCUCGGGGGCUUUUCCACCAAUAACGAAGGCUUCUUCCUCUUGGGGUCCUCUACGGUCAUUCCGAAGCCAUCGGUGAUCCUGCCUAACAACACAAUCCAGAACGGGCCAGAUGCUAUUGCGCUCUAUUUUGGGACAAAGAAGCUGCAUGAGGGAAUGACCGUCACCAACGAAGGGCUGGUGGAUGCGUUGGUCCAUAAGUCUAAAAUGAGUGACAGAGCGGAUGAGCUGGUCCGUGUUUUGACCCCGGGUGUGGAGCCUUUCCUGGAGGACCCUUUCUUCAGGACCACAGAUGAGGCACUGGAAAGAUGCUGGGGGACUGAUUCUCAUUGGUUCUUCCAAGUGGGUGCGCCUACCCCAGCCAUGGAUAACCACUGCAUCCCUUUUUCUCAGCUGAACGAAUCGGCCGUGUUGAUCAAUGAGGUUAACAUCGUGUCGUCCCCUGGAGAGUUUGAGUUUGUCGAGCUACAAGGCCGUCCUUCAAGUCAAGUAGAUGGCUUGGUACUGGUGUUGAUUGAGGGGAGCACCCAAGAGAUUUACUUUGUGAUGGAGGUGCAUGGCAAGACAUCCCCUGAUGGGCUGCUUCUCCUUGGCCCAGGCCAGUUCAACUCCUCAGGUAGGGCUGGGCUGCUGCUCAUGGUGUUGGCGUCUUCUCACAUACCAAGGGUGGAAUGUGUAGCAAGAUGUCUUAUACCAAGUCAAGCUGUUGGGCCAUCUAGUUUAGUAUUGUCCAGACCAGGGUUUCCCAAGCUUGGGUCUCCAGGUGUUUGUGGACUACAAUUCCCAUCAUCCCAUGACCACUGAUCUUGCUAGCUAGGGAUGAUGGGGGUUGUAGUCCAUUGGAAAGCAAAUGGAAUGCAAGAUAAAUCUGAGCACCGUCUCUAGCAAUAUGGCAUUGUGUGUCCAUGUGGGUGUUUCCUUGGGCUGAUUAACAGGUUGUUUUAAUAGGAAUAAACCCUCGUUUUUCUUCUCUUGCUUUGACCUCCAGUUGACCUGCCAUUCCCCCAGAACUCCAGAAGACCCCUCCUCAGGGCAGGUGCCAAUGCUGUUGCCCUGUACAGAGGGACUCCUGCCAGCUUUGCUGAGGGGGCUGCUGUGUCAGCAACAGACCUCCUGGAUGCCUUGGUGUACUCUACAGCUGAAAGUGCUGAUUUGAAGCUGCAGGAUGUCUUGACUCCCGGGAAGCCCCUCUUCCAUGCAAGAGAGAGGUGAGAAAAAGAAGGGCAGGGAAUUUCUGUGGCCUUCCUUUCCAAUAAGGGAGCCCACCACACCGCAGGGCCAGAUUUCAUGUUCUGUAGCUAUUUUAUUUAUUGAAUUUAUAUUAUUUAUUUCAUAAAUUUAUGCACCACUGGAUUGUAAGAAAACCCCCUCAAAGACAAAACAAUAAAAUCAAGAAAAGUUCAGAAAUAUAUCCUCAUUAUUAUUUUAUUUGUAUGCUGCCUUUCCAUAGUUGAAACUAUGCUCAGGCAGCUUACAACAUGACAAGAUUUACAUAAUUACAAACAUAACAGAAGUCAUAAACAAUAAAUAAAACGCAUCAAAAAGUACAUAACCAAAUGGAAACAAUUUCCACAUAAAUCAUCAGAUCUAAAACUAAAGAUACAACAGUAAUAUCAAUAACAGCAACAAGCUCUCUCAAUCUCCCCUGAACAAUACUCCAGCCCAAGAAUCUGUUCAACAGCCUCAGCUUUUGUAGGUGGAGUCAGUCCCAAAGGAGCCCAAGGGUGGCAAGGCAGCCCAGCUAGAAACAUACAAGCGAGGGACAUCUUGCAUGAAGUGAUCUAUUUACUUUGGGUUGUAUCUAAUGCUUGACCUCCUCAGAGUAGACACAUUGAAAUCUGUGGAUGCAACUAACUUAAGCUGCUUAAAUUCAGUAGAAAAAACCGUACAGGGCUUAGUUUGAGACAACUAUCUAUUGGUUACCAGUUCAUUUCCAGGCCCAAUUUAAGGUGCUUACACUAGUGUUUAAAGCAUUAAAUGAUUUAGGCCCCAGUCUAUAGCAUAAGAUUAGUCAGUCAGCUUCUUAUCCUGUUAAUCUCCAUCACAGGUCCCAGCAAAAUGAUACAUCUGUGAACCGCUGUGUCUGUUGCUCCGUCGCCCGGGAUCCCUCCAUUUAUGCUCUCGGCAAGCCCACGCCUGGGCAAUUCAAUGACUGUCCCAAGAGACGCUUUGGGCAAACCAUUUCCUUCUGCCUUCAAGUUGCAGGUGGGUGCUGCAGCCUCCAGGUCAAUCAAAGCAGUGCGGAUCAGUCACUUUGGGAUCCCAGCAUAAUGGCUGUAUGGCAGGGGUUGGGAAUUGCUAGCCUGCAGGCUGAAUCAGGCAGGUGUCCUUAUUUGGCCCACAAAACUGCCCCCCACAAACCACAAUCUCCUGACUGUGUUGUCUUCCAUAUGAAAAUCCAAAUUCAAUGUAGUAAUUCCCUACAGAUAUCUUAUUAAGAGGCAAGAACGUAUACAUGUACAAUAUUGAUCGGUUUUUUUGUUGUCUUCUGUAUGAAGUCCCAAAUUCAUUGUAGUAAUUUAGAACAAGUAUUUUAUUAAUAAGCAUGCACACAUAUAUGUACAACUUCAAUCAAUUGAACAUAAUCUUCAGUAACUCCUGAAGUUAGACAGCCUCCAGGUUGACAGUGUUGGUGGUAUUGUUUUAAAGCUGCAAGAAUCUUGCUGCAGAUGUUAGCAUUGAUUAAAAAGAAAAAGGUAAAGGGACCCCUGACCAUUAGGUCCAGUCGUGGCCGACUCUGGGGUGCGGCACUCAUCUCGCUUUAUUGGCCGAGGGAGCCGGUGUACAGCUUCCAGGUCAUGUGGCCAGCAUGUCUAAGCCGCUUCUGGCGAACCAGAGCAGCACACGGAAACACCAUUUACCUUCCCGCAGAAGUGGUACCUAUUUAUCUACUUGCACUUUGACCUGCUUUCAAAUUGAUAGGUUGGCAGGAGCUGGGACCAAACAAUGGGAGCUCACCCCAUCGCAUGGAUUCGAACCGCCAACCUUCUGAUCAGCAAGCCCUAGGCUCUGUGGUUUAAGAACCCAUAUUUCUGUGCCAGAAAGGCAGAAUGGUGCAGUGGUUAGAGUCUCAGACUAUGGACUGGGGAGAUUCACAUUCAAAUCCCUACUUAGGUGAUGAACUCCCUCAUCGACUUUGAGCUGGCCACCAUCUCAGCCUAAGCUACACAAAAGGCCUCUCUUCAAGGUUGUUGUAAAGUAAAAUGGGUGGUUGUAAGGGGGGGGAAGGGCUAUGUAUGCUUUGAUCUCAGCUGCUUCCAUCUGUGGAACUGGCACACACUCUCCAUCCAAUAUUUUUAUGGAAUUUUAUCCAUAUAACCCAAAUAACAAAGUAGAACUUCAUGAGACAAACUCAUGAAAACUAAACCAAACCAAGGGUGGCAUAUUCAAGAAGAAAUGAAUAAAGCUGGUUGUCUGGAUAUUUGCAAAAGGAAGUCGGGGAGCCCAAAAGUAGGAGGCAGGUGCCAGAGCCAAUGAAAGAGCCAACCAAUUCUAGUUCUGCAGCCAUCUUUAUUCCCGCUGAGUUCUGUAAGAGGCAACAGUGAGAGUAAGGAGGAGGAGGCUGACAGGCAGGUUGCAAGAACAAGGCAGGCAGGGAGAGGCAGACUGUGGGUAGUAGGGCAGUGUCUCAUUUGCCUCCACUGGAUACAACCCUUUAAACAUACAGUAUAUGUAGAAAAAGGAAAAGCUAAUCAUAGAGUCAUAGAAUUGUUGAGUUGGAAGGGACUCCCCAGGGUCAUCUAGUCCAACUCCCUGCAAUGCAGGAAUCUCAAGAUGUGGUCCCCCAUCCAGUUUGAAACAGUACUGGACCCUGCUUAGCUUUGCAACCGUGCUAGCAGUUUUUAUCGCUGCAUCUUACACAUAUGUGCAUCUGUCCCGUGCUGCAACGUUGUCUUGUGUUUCCUAAGAUUGUCAGGAAGAGUCCCUGGAGAAAAACAUGCUACAGAUGUUUUUGUCCCAAGCCCUGGAUAAACGAUGCAACUGUGGAGUAUCUCCUGCUUAUUUCAAAGGUAGAGUGCCUGUAAUAUAUGUCUGGGCUUUGGCCUAUAUGAGCUAAUUUAUUUAUAAAAACAUUUUAAAGGGCAAACAGGGGAGUGGCAGGACAAAGGGUCAAACAAGAGCCGUCUCCAGGGGGUAGUAGGUUUAGGCAUCUGUCAGGGCCCCCAAACCAGGAGGCCCCUAACAAUGGGGCCUUCGCGCAGUAUAUUCAGUUAGGGCCACAUUCGUGCAGUAUAUUCAGUUAGGGCCACAUUCACACCAUUCAUUUAUUAUACCACUUUAAACAGUCAUGGCUGCCCUGAAAGAAUCGUGGGAACUGUGGCUUCUUAAGGGUGCUUAGAGUUGCCAGGAGAGCCCCUUUCCCCUCACAGAGCUACACUAUUCAGAGUGGUUUUACAAGAAAUCCCUCUUCACAGGGAACUAUCUUAAGUUCACUCUCCACAUUUACUCAUCAUUUUGCAAUUUAUUUAUUUUUUAGACGUGCUUUCAGAAAUUCAGCAGAAUUUUCAUGUGUGUACUAUGCACACAUUUUGGGUGUAUUUUAAAAAAAAAACAUUUAACAAAGAAAGAAAAGAGAAGGAGAAAGAAAGAAAAGGGUGAAAAACAUUCAUCAGCUCACAUUAAGAAUACAGAAGCCAUCAAUACACCCAUCUUAAAAUGACCGGCUACAUGAGGAGACCAAUUCAUGAUGGGAAAAGCUAUCAAUGGCUACUAACUAUUAUGGCUAUGCUCUGCCUCCACAGUUGGAGGCAGCAAUGCUUUUGAAUGUUUGUUACUGGAAACCACAGGAGGAGAGAGUGAUCUUGGGCUUGAAUCCUGCUUGCUGGUUUCCCACAGGAAUCUGGUUGGCCACUGUGAGAACAGGAUGCUGGACUAGAUGGGCCUUUGGCCUGAUCCAGCAGGCCCUUCUUAUGUUGUCAAGGACUGUGUCAUUUAUACCAGCCUGCCUGUACCUUAAGAUCUACUUCUGAAGCCCUCUUGAGGCACCAGCCUCCCAAAGUACUUAGGCUAUUGAACACGGCAUUUGUGGUGGUGGCCCCACAGUUCUGGAUCCCAUUCUGAUAUUAGCCUAGCCCUUUUGGUGGUGGCUCCACCAUUGUGGAGUGCAGUCCCAUUAGGAAAGUCCUGAAUGAAGAUACACUGGUUUUAGAAAGUUCCGAGGACAUUGUGGAAAUACAGGGCUGUAGCUUGAAGGUUAUUUCCAUUUUUUUGUUUUCUUUUCUCCUCAGAUCCUGCUGUAGCCUGUCAGGGCCCACAACUGGUUUUCACUGCUUUCCUGACUGCCAGGUCAACAGAGCAACUCAGCAGCCUGCUGAAGGCCUUCUCGCUUCUCAUUGAGAGCAAGGAGGUUCUGCACUUUGGGAAAUGGAAUGGAACGGCGGUGAAGGCUUGCUUGAGAGAUACUAACAUGACAGACGGGCCUCCAGGUACUCCAGGUAAUGAUGAAACACCAGGCACAUGGGUGCUGUACGGCUGGGCAAUGAUGCAUUAGGGAAAGCCAGGCUUUGCUAGGAUUUAGCUUUGAAAGGGGUAAUUCCCCGCAAAGGAAAAUAUCUUUUUAAAUCGCGUGAAGAGUUUAUUUCCCUCCUUAUUUUAGUUGUAUUGAUUUAUCUACUGUAUAUUUUGGAAUUUUGGUAUGAUGGUUGCUGAGGUUGAGGAGCAGCUUUUUGUCUAUGUUUGGAUACAGUUGGACGCCAUUUUGAAUCAAGAUGGCGGACUGACUCUUUCAAAACUGCACUGGUUUUAAUAACUGGUUUUUGGUUUCUUAGAAUUCCUGAGCAAUGCCAGCUGUAAGGCUGCUUGUUUAUUUUAUUUGUUGCUUUUCACACAGGGAGGAAUGCCCCAGAGUGGCCUAACAGCAUUAAAAAUCAUUUAAACCCUGUAGGAAACAACAAUAAAACACAAUAUCUAAACAUGCUCACCUCCCCCCACCAAAUGUAUAAACAGAAAAACCCCACUAAAAUAUGAGCGCUAAAGCAGGUCAAAAACCCAUACUUCACUACGCUCCCUAUUAAUAACCAAAGGCCUGGGUCAACAAAAAUGAUUCAGCCUGGUGUCUGAAACCAGACAAUUAUAGUGCCAGGCAUAUUUUCCUGCGGGGAACAUUCUAUAAACAGGGAGCCACCACCAAGGAGGCCAUUUCUAGUGUUGCCAUCUUCCUAACCUUUCUCGGAGAAAGCACUUGGAGAAUGGCCUCUGAUGGUGAAAACAGAGUCCCCUUCGAAAAAACAGGGCCAAACCCCAAGGAUUGGAAUCGCCAGGCAUUUGUUGUGGUCCAGAAACCAGCAAAGAGGGGUGGGGCUGGCAUGAUCCUGCUACUUCUCUUAAUAAAAAAAAAACCUCUACAUGUUCAGUGUGAUGUGACUUUGCUUUUUAAAGUGGUCGUGCCGGAAAGGACAACCAAAGCAACUCCCUUGACUGAGCUGCUUAUCAACGAAGUGAAUUCAGACAACCCGGGAGGCCGAGAGGACACUGAAUACAUUGAGCUCUUCUAUCCUGGUCAAGCACCAUUUGCUCUCCAGGGCUACUGGCUUGUGCUUUACAAUGGGAAGAACAACUUGGCUUACAAGGUGAUAAACCUGUCGAGCUACAGGACCGACGAGCGAGGCUACUUCCUGGUGGGUAGCACUGGGGUGACCCCCAAGCCCCAGAUUGUCCUGCCUGACAAUACCAUCCAGAACGGACUGGACGCUGUGGCUCUCUACCGCAGCAAUCCCAAUGCCACCUACAAAACGAACAUGCCCCUAACCAAUGUGGGGCUGGUGGAUGCCCUCGUCUACAAGGCCCGGGGCUCAGACAAUGCCGACAAGCUGCUUGCUGUUCUUGCCCCAGGCCAGAGGGUCUUGCUUGAAGAUGAUUCUCACAGCAGCCAAGAUGAGUCCCUCAGCCGAUGUUACAGCCUGCGGCCGAGAGACCACAACAGCUUCCAGGUAAGUGGCAGGAUGCUGGCUUUGGCCAGAAGGAGCCCUGAGUUGUAACGCUGGAAGCUGACAUGUGCCAUUGCUCUCUCUAGUUCAGUGUUGUUGGCAGCAGGGUGGACUCUGCACCAGCCUUUGCCAACCUGGUGCCCUCCAGAUGUUUUGGGCUACCGUUCUCAUCGGCCUGAGCCAAAUCCCAAACAUCUGGAAGGCACAACAUUGCCAAAGGCUGCUCUUCACUGGUUGGCAGUGCCUGGCAAGUGCUGUCUCUUUCAGAUAGGAAUGUUUUCCAGCCCAACCUGGAAAUGUUGGGGGUUAAACUUUGGGAUCUUUUGCAUGAGAAACCUUAGCUGUAGACUCCCUUCUUUCCUCCAGCAAGCUUAAGACAGCAAAUAUGCCUUAAGCCCACCCCCCAUUUUAUCCUCCCUACAAGCCAAAGUUGUCCAGUGAGCUUCAUUGUUGAGUGGGGAUUUGAACCUGGGUUUCUCCAGUCAUAAGGGACGUGGGUGGCACUGUGGGCUAAACCACAGAGCCUAGGACCUGCUGAUCAGAAGGUCGGCGGUUCGAAUCCCCGCGACGGGGUGAGCUCCCGUUGCUCAGUCCCUGCUCCUGCCAACCUAGCAGUUCGAAAGCACAUCAAAGUGCAAGUAGAUAAAUAGGUACUGCUCCGGCGGGAAGGUAAACGGCGUUUCCGUGCGCUGCUCUGGUUCGCCAGUAGCAGCUUAGUCAUGCUGGCCACAUGACCCGGAAGCUGUACACUGGUUCCCUCAGCCAAUAAAGCGAGAUGAGCGCCGCAACCCCAGAGUCGGUCACGACUGGACCUAAUGGUCAGGGGUCCCUUUACCUUUUACCUUCUCCAGUCAUAUCCCAUCUACCUAAAACCAGGGGUAGCCAAUGUACCCCUGGAUUGUUGGACUGCAACUCCCAUUAUUCCUGACCUCCAAGAUACUGUAUCCCUACAGCUGUGGUUUCCAGCCUUCUUUCUCCACACACCACUUAAGAAUUUAUUAUCAUCUUGGUAGACCACUUCAUGAUUUUUCUGCCCAUUGCAGCAAUUGUAAAACGCUGUUCUAGAUCCAACAUGAUUUUUAUUGUAUUUUUAUUGCUUCUUUUCUUUCUGAUAUUGUAUUUGAUUGUAUGGCAGUUUGAAUUCCCUGUAAUUCAGAGAGUAAUACAAUAUAAGAAAUAAAAGAAGCAAUUAAAAUGCAAUUUUAAAAAAACCAAUAUGAGUGUUUAAUAUGGAUAUGCCACAGGCCACCUAGCAUAAGAACACAAGAAAAGAAUGUUGGAUCAGCCCAAUGGCCCAUCUAGUCCGGCAUCCUGUCCUGUGGGACACCAACGAACAAGAUUCAAACACAAUAACACUCUUCCCUCCUCUGGUUUCUAGCAGCAGAAACAUUGCUGCCUCUAACUACCCUAUAGCCAUCAAUAAGCCCUUUUUUCUAUGUACGAAUGAAUGAAGCUCAUGGACCACAGAUUGGGAAGCCCUGCUCUACACCUUGACUUAUUCUUUCAUUAUCAUUUAUUCAAUGUAUCAGUCGCUUUUUCUUUCCAAAAGCAACUUACAACCCAAGUCUAUUUUAAAACCAAAUGCACAGAGGUUAGAAAUGUUAUUAGAAUAUGUAAUAUUUCAGGCCUAGCAAGUCUUUGUGGGUUUCUCCUGCAGGUGACAGAAAUGACUCCUUCCCAGGAAAAUACUUGCCCACCUCCUGGCUCAAAUUCCACAGAGGAACUGCCCCAGAACCACUCAGUCGUAAUCAAUGAACUGGGCAUGGCCAACCACACCAUUCUGUACCGAUUUAUUGAGCUGAAAGGGCAUCCUGGUGUCAGCUUGAAAGGGUACACGUUGAUGUUCUUUUCCGGGCACAAUGCCAAACCAUACAGCACUAUUGAUCUGCAGGGCACAUUUGGAAGCAAUGGUUUGUUCCUCAUCUUGCCAGAAGGACAGUCCAAGACUAUCAAGCCUCACGGUAUGACAUUGACCCUAGGGAUGGAUGAAUUUGUCAAUUCAAGCUUCUGUCGCUUGCUCAUUUCCCCCCCAACCUUAAAUUCAUUUCUCCACAUUUCUGAAGCAAUCUGCAGAUUUUAAUUCAGCCACGUUUUAGUGAAGAUACCUCCUAAUAAGCAUGUUAUUCAAUGCAAUUUUAACUAAUAUACAUUUCCCCCCUAAGCAGUUUCCCAUAAUUCAAUUUUGUAUGUUUUCACUACUAUAGUCAUUUUUAUGCACGCUUUUCCCUAAGUUGCUAAAAACUGUCCACACUUUACAAGAGUAUAUUGCAAAAAUUGGAGAAGUGUGGGUUUCGGAAAACAGGUGUGUUUUGGUUUGCAUAUUGAUUUGAGAAGUGCAAAUUAGAUGGCUUCUCAAUAAAAUGCAAACAAAAAUUGAAUUUCUACCCUAUCCAUAGUUGACACACAGUUAACCUUUUUCUGCUCAGCUUCCACUAAUUGAAAAGCUUAAUGGGCCCAUGCAGCGGCGUAGCGUGGGUUGUCAGCACCCGGGGCAAGGCAAGUAAUUUGCGCCCCCUAACCCGGGGCAAGGCAAGUAAAUUGCGCCCCCUAACCCCUAACCUGCCGCCACUGCCAGCUUCUUCUUGCUGCUGCCUGGGCUGGGCUGGGCGGCCGCUGCACUGUCCCUCCCCCAGAUAGUCCCUCGCUCUCUCUCCGCACCGCACGCCUGGCACCCACCCCCUCCACAGUGGGCGGCGACCCAGCCGCUCGGAUCGGAUUCGCACAGCCAGCACUGCAGUGAGAGAGAGUGAGUGAGCCAGGUAGGGGCAGAGAGCUGCGAGUGUGAGCGCCCCCCCCAGAUGUUGCGCCCGGUGCGGCCGGCCCCCCUGCACCCCCCACACUACGCCACUGGGCCCAUGCAGCCCAAAAGCUUGGCAGCUGAUUUACCAGGUUGCAAUCUCGGGCUGUAGAGGAGUGCAUGUGAAUUGCACAGGAAGUGUGAAUUGCACAGAAAGAUCCAUACCAUUCACCCUGCUGGGUAAUGUUAUUAACGAACUCCCCUGCUGUGUGAGAGACAUUGGGCCCAUCUGCGCUAUAUAUUUAAGGCAGCAUUGUACCACUUUAGCAGCCAUGGCUUCCUUCCAGAGAAUCCUGGGAACUGUAGUUUGUUAAGAGUGCUGAGAGUUGUUGGGAGACCCCUAUUUCCCUCACAGAGUUCCGUAAGAGGGGUAAUUUAUUGUUAAGCCACUCUGGGAGUUGCAGCUCUGUGUGAGGGGAAUAGGGGUCUCCUAGUCUUUCUCAGCACCCUUAACAAACUACAGUUUCCAAGAUUCCUUGGAGGAAGUUGCGGCUGUGUAAAGUGCUACGAUGGUGCUUUAAAUGUAGAGGGCAGAUGAGGCCUUCCUCACACUUAGGAAUCUGCCUUAUACAGUCAAACCUUGGUUGUCGAACGUCUUCUGUUCCAGAAGCCUGUUCGGCUUCCAAAAUGUUCGACAACUGAGGUGUGGCUUCCUAUUGGUUGCAGGAGCUUCCUGCACUCAAGCAGAAGCCACGUUGGAUGCUUGGCUUCCGAAAAACGUUUGAAAACCGGAAUACUUCCAGGUUUCCGGGGUUCAGGAGCUGAAAUGUUCCAAAAUGGAGGUGCUCGGGAAGUGAGAUUUGACUGUAUUGAGUCAGAUCGUUGGUCCCUCUAGCGCAGCAUUGUCAACACUAAUUGGCAACGGCUCUCCAGGGUUUUGGACAAGAGUCUUUUCCCAGUCCUACCAGGAGAUGCCAGGGAUAGAACACUUCACUAUGACCCUUUCUCAUCUCUCAUGCACGUGUGGAUGUGGUGGCAUACUUUGCAAGCUAGAGAUGUGUGUUGGCCAAAGGGUAGAGGCCAUUUUGAACAUCUGGAGAGCCGCAGGUUCUCUACCUAACUCUUCAGUUGUCAAGAAGCAGGAAGGAGAAGACUCACACAUUCCUUGGUUUUGACUGUGUUUAUACCAUCUGUGUUUCCAGAGCAACGAGUGAUGCCCUCUGUUUGGAGCAAUCCCUCCUUGCAAGAAGUGACCCAUUCUGUGGCACUCUCCAGGCAUGCUCUUAAUGGCACUAUGGAGGAGCACCUCAAAGAUGUUGCAGUUUAUACAUGGGAGACGGGUGCAAGCCAAGCUCAUCCUCGUCUUUCUGAACCGAUCCACUUUGUAUCUAGGGAAGGAGGCAGGUGAGGUUUAUUGCAUUUCUAUCCCAAUAUUGGGAGUGCUCUUUCAAAAAAAAAAACAUUUUAAAAAGUGUCCUCUCUUCCUUUUGGCUAUGGGGAAGGGCUGUGAACAGGGGCAAAAGGCUCUACCGAGUCAUUAUUCAGAACUUGCUUUCUGACAUUAUUGUACAGUGGUACCUCGGGUUACAAACACUUCGGGUUACAGACUCCGCUAACCCGGAAGUAGUACCUCGGGUUAAGAACUUUACCUCAGGAUGAGAACAGAAAUCGCACGGCGGUGGCAGUGGGAGGCCCCAUUAUCUAAAGUGGUACCUCAGGUUAAGAACAGUUUCAGGUUAAGAAUGGACCUCCGGAACGAAUUAAAUAUGUAACCAGAAGUACCACUGUAUAUCAAAAUAUAAUUGGCUGCAUCCUGUUGUGACUUCAUCAUGCUAUCUAUGGGACCUCCAAAUGGUUAGCAUGUGAAGUUAGCUUUAUCUCUUAACAAUAAAGAGCCAAAAGGAGGUCCUGAUCAUAGAGAGGAAUUAUGGACCUGGAGAGAGACAGACUUAAAGAAGGACAAGAGGAGAGAGUAUGGCUGUGUUCACACAUGUAACACUAAACCAUGGUUUACCACUACAUGCAUGAGCAGAAAGGACCCCACACAAAUCCUCAGGCUUGCAGGCAGUCCUACCCUCCCCCUGCACAGCCAGAGUUAAUUUCCUUUCCCACAAUUCCUGAAUGUUUGUUCCAACCCCUGGCCUCUGGUUGGCACGUAACAAGAAGUCACUUUUCAUGGAAAAGGAAGCUAGGUUCACUUCCAGGUGACUUAUUUAUGUGUCCAGUUCUGGGCACCGCAGUUAAAGAAGGAUAUUGACAAGCGGCAAAGGGUACAGAGGAAGAUAACCAAGAUGAUAAAGUGUAUGGAAAACAAGGGAGUUUGAUAUGCUUAGCCUGGAGAAGAGAAGACUGAGAGGUGGUAUGGUUAGCCAUCUUCAGUAUGGGAAGGGCUGUCACACAGGAGAUGGGCCAAGCUUGUUUCUUGCUGCUCCAGAAGGUAGGAUGCGAACCAAAGGAUUCAAAUAACAAGCAGAGGUUGUAUGGCCAUAUGUCAGGGAUUAUUUAGCUUUGAUUCCUGCAUUGCAGGGGGUUGGACUAGCUGCCCCUCGAGGUCCCUUCCAAAUCUAUAGAUCUAUGAUUUUAUGAAGUAGAAGGGGGAAGGUUGUUGAUUAUGUUGUUUUUCUUUAACAUAUGCAAUAAAUUGAUGCCAAGUUGAAAUAAAUGUAUAUGUUUUUGAAAUCCCAUGGGGAACUCUCGUUGAUUUUCUGUUUCUUUUGCAGACCGCUGUCCUUGAGCCGCUGUCCCUCCUGCGGCAAAAUCUAUGCAGUCUCUGACCCCACUCCUGCCUCGGAGAAUCACUGCCCACAGGAAUCUCUCUUCCUGAAUCUUGAAAUCUGCCUGCUGACCCCCAGUAAGAGAAGCUUAUCUUCUUUUUCUUGUGAGAGUGGAAAGGUGAUUUAGGAUGCUGCUUACCUUCAAACUAAAGAACAGGCAGUGUAUUCUGGAGAGCCAAUGUGGCCACAGUGUCACACUAGGGCAUGGGGGACCAGGGUUCAAAUCGCCAUUCAACUAUGAAGUUUACUGGGUGAACUUGGGCCAGUUGUUACCUCUCAGCCUAACCCACCUCUCAGGGUGGUUGUGACGAUGAAUAAAAAACUUUGUGAAGAAACCCUGUAAAGAAAACAUAAAGGGGGAGGGAAAUGUUAAGACUGCUGUCCUAUGUCUGUUAUGUUCAUAACACACCCUUUGCAUUUGUUUAAUUUUAAAUUUGUACCUUAGAAAUGUUUAAUAAAGAAAUAUUUGUUUUAAAAAUUGUUUUUUAAAAAAAGAAAAGUAAAGAAAAGAGCAUGGACUCUCUCUGCUGUGUGUUUUGCAUGAACCACGUUGUUGCAAAGGGGAUUGGCUCAAUAUCUCUUAAUUCCUCCUCCUCCUCCUGGCAGAUUGUUCCAUGUGGCCUCAGAACCCACAGAUGUUGGCAAGUCUCCAGCAAGCAUUAGUGAGAUCCAUGGAGGAGAGCUGCUUCUGUGGCAUCUGCCAAUGCUAUCUACACGGUCUGUGUCAAAACGUCAUCCAACUUCCAUAGGAACUUAAGAUUUGUUAGCUGCCUAGUGCAGACAGCUGUUGGGGAGGUACAGUCUUGCUGCAGCUCACAAAGUUUAUAUGAGUCAGGUGUAGAGAACCCUUAGCCCUCCAGAUGAACUUCAACUCCCAUCAUCCCUGGUCCUGCUUGCUGGGGCUUAUGGGAGUUAUAGUUCAGCAACCUCUGGAGGGCCAACGGUUCCCCUUCCCUUGUAUAAUUAAUUUUCACAUAUCUCCUUUGAGAGGUGUUUUUGUUUUCCUCCCUGCUUUCUUUUAGAGGAGGCUUAAUAGACUUUUGUAUUUAAAUCUACCCUUGGGUAAAGAAAACCGGAUGGAUUUUAAAUUGAUACUGCUACUUUAAAUUGGUUUUUAUUUAUUUAUUUAUUUAAAAGAAUUGUGAUACAUUUGAUUUUGUGGUUUGGUUUGCUGGCCUGAAGCAUUUUAUGCUGCUCUUUUCAGCUUCGGUAUUUUAGGGUCGCCUAACAAUGCUUUGCACACUUAGCAAACUACAAUUCCCAGAAUGCUUGGGGGGGGAGCAGUUCAAGUGCUUUAAAUGUAUGGUGCAGAUGCAGCUCCGGUUGUACAAAUGGCGCUUUAAACAGACCAAAAAAAGCAGACAGCCCAUCAGAAUUAUAAUGAAGGCAGGUAUACAAGUCACCCGGAGCCAGUGUAAAGUAGUGGUUAGAAGUGUUGGACUAGGGCCUGGGAGGUAAAGUAAAGGUAAAGGUACCCCUGCCCGUACGGGCCAGUCGUGACCGACUCUAGGGUUGUGCGCCCAUCUUGCUUAAGAGGCCGGGAGCCAGCGCUGUCCGAAGACACUUCCGGGUCACGUGGCCAGCGUGACGAAGCUGCUCUGGCGAGCCUGCACCAGCGCAGCACACGGAAACGCUGUUUACCUUCCCGCUAUAAAGCGGUACCUAUUUAUCUACUUGCACUUAGGGGUGCUUUUGAACUGCUAGGUGGGCAGGAGCUGGGACCGAAAGACGGGAGCUCACCCUGCCGCGGGGAUUCGAACCGCCGGCCAUACGAUCGGCAAGUCCUAGGCACUGAGGUUUUACCCACAGCGCCACCCGCGUCCCUAGGGCCUGGGAGACCAGGGUCCAAAUCCCCUCAGCCAUGAAGCUUGCUUAAUUAUCUUCAGUCAGCGACUGUCUCGCAGCCUAGCCUACCUCACAGGGUUGUUGUGAAGAUAAAAUUGAGAGAAAGAGAGGGCCGUGUAUGUUACCUUGAGCUCUGGGGGAGUGGAAGUGGGAUAGAAAUGUAACAACAACAACUCGCAUCCAAUAAAGCGUGCAACUUACUGAAAUAGGAAAUAUUGAGAGCUAGUGUGGUGUAAUGCUUGACUAGGACAUGGGAGACCAGGGUUUGAAUCCCCACUCAGCCAUGACACUCACCAGGUGAUUUUGAGCCAGCCCAAUAGCUCUCAGUUUAACCUACCCCACAAGAUCGUUGUGAGGGUAAAAAUGGUGAAGAUAAAAAUAGAACUCCUUAGAAGAAAGGUGUAAAAAUAAAUAAAAUAAAAAUCUGAAGAGUGAAGGUAACAGGAGUGAAGCAGGGGCAAAGGAUCUUGGUGUUUAUGUAUACAGUGGUACCUCGGGUUAAGAACUUAAUACGUUCCAGAGGUCCAUUUUUAACCUGAAACUGUUCUUAACCUGAAGCACCACUUUAGCUAAUGGGGCCUCCUGCUGCCACCGCGCCACCAGAGCACGAUUUCUGUUCUCAUCCUGAAGCAAAGUUCUUAACCCGAGGUACUAUUUCUGGGUUAGCGGAGUCUGUAACCUGAAGCGAAUGUAACCUGAGGCGUAUGCAACCCAAGGUACCACUGUAUCUGUAGACACUCCUCUUUCACACAACCUUGUCUUUCUGUUACAGCCCUAUGCUAGGUUUGGUUUGAUGCUAUAUAACCCCACCCCCCACUCUCCCUUUGGUACUUCUGAACUGAACCAGACCCCCGCUCCUCUUUUUUGUCUUUCCAUAUAGGGGUUACGUUCACCUGCCUUAAUUCCACCCUGAAAGUCUCUGGCCAAGUGUGGGCCAGGUCACCUGAGCAGCGUCAGCGCCUCGUUCAGUGGCAUUCUCACUUUUCCUCAAGUCCCCACCCCUUUGCCGUGGACGGGAAGCCCCUCAAAGCGAACGCUGCAUGUGCAUCUCUGGGAAAAACAGCGCAGAGGUCUGAGGGUGAGCGGAUGGGGAAACGGCCCAAAUGGCUGCGAGGAAGUGGCGACACGAGAGGCGCCCAAAUUAUUUUGUUUGACUUUAAAAUUCAAUAAUACUGACAGAACAUUAAAACAAGCUAACUAUUACAAAACAAUCAAAACAUUCCAAAUAUCGUGUUGGGAGGCAGAGGUGGGUGGGAGGGAAGAUACAUAGAUGAACAGUUUAUCCUCAUUGCAUACUUUGGAAGGAAUAGAAUCUAUUCUGCGUAGAUUCUCUCCUACCUGCAUGCACUAAAUGACAAUGAGGAUGUAAAUUCACCUGUAGGUCGUGUUGCUUAGUGAUCAUUGUGGUGUAGCAGGAAAAUAUAUUAAAUAUAUAAAUUUAUAUGUACUUUACCUUUAUGUAUGUAAAGGUAAAGAUUAUGUUGGGUUUGAAUCGUUUUAUUGUUUAAAAACCUUUAAUAAAUACAUUUUUUAGAGGAGGCAGUAAUGUCUGCACUGUUUGGCAGUGGCGCUCUGUUGAGAUGCCUGAAAUUGAACCUGUCUCUAGAAAGCUAUCUCCAAAGCUGUAGGGAGCUCACCAAGACAGACUGAUAAUAAUUAUUCCCCCUCCUUUUCUUUUUUUCUUAGCUUCAUUUCAAGCCUGGGAGAUUGCUCUCAUUGUUGUGGGGUCCAUCUUUCUUGUACUGCUGUUAGCUGGAACAGCUUUCUAUUGCAUCAAAAGGUAAGGAGCAACGGCAGUUCUGCUUUCUGGUUUGUGUGCCAGCCUUUGCCUGAGCCCCCUGCAUAUUUUGGAGGGUCUAACAAACCAGAUUGAAACUCCACUGCAGUUCUUACUCUGCCAUACACAGCCCUCCUACCCGUCUGCUCUCCUAGUGCUUGGGAGAUCAACUAGAGACCACCUAGAAGGGUGAAUUGUGGACUGUAAAAGUGGGUAAUUGGCACUCAUUCUUCCUGGCACCGGAAAGCCAUGAAAUUGAGGCAGGCUCAAUUAAAAAAUUAAUUUAAAAUUGCUUUCCAAUAUGUUUUAGUUCUUAUCAUUUUAUACUAUAUUUUAAUGUUGCAUUACAAUUUUCAUUUUCAUUUUUUGCUUAGUGAGUCAUCCAGAAAGUGGAGUUGCUGUAUAAAAGCAGUAAAAUAAUAAUAGCAAAGAUAAAUUUACAUUAGACCUACUAUGUUAAUGGCCCGGUUCUAAUGAUCUGAAUAAGCCGUGUGCCCCUGGAAUGUAGCCUCUUCUCUCCUUCCUUUGUGGCACACCUGAACGCGAUGCAGAAGUCUCCAAUUGGCCAUUGUUUCCUGAUUCUUCAGGAAACAAUGGUUCCUAGCUUUAGAGCAAGCCAGGAGUUUAAACCAUGGUUAGAAGUUAAUCUAAGAUCCUGGCUUGUUCUGAAGGUGGUAACCAUAGUUUCUUGGUUCGGAGAAAACAGGAGGUCUCUUGAAUGCAAGGGCACAAAGCUCAUUCCUGUCUUGCUUUAUUAAGCUGAGAUAUGACCAUCCAGAGGCAGCCAUUGCCUAGCUGUUUGUGAAAGAAAAGGAGGGAGAAAAAGAAGAAUCAGCUAAGAAGGAACAAGAAGAGUUCCUCAAAUCUUCAGUGCAAUAAAUUGUAAUUUAUUAAGCCUAACAUGUUUUGCUUAAAAACGUGAAACAAAGCACUCUGUGUUCUCCGUGUACUCUGUUACAAACUAAUUCCUCAGGAGUACAGAGUGUGUUUGUUUUACAGUUCCCCUAACAAACGUGUUAGCCUCAGUUAGUUAUAAUGUCACACUCCUUUAUGGUAGGGUUCUCUUUAUGUGAAUUUACAAGGGAGGUUUGUGUGCAUUACGCAGAAUCCAUUCUAAUGGUCCUCCCCACAUCCCAUUUUGCUUCAUGCAACUUUCUGCUUCCUCACUUGGAAAUUCAAGCAUGUUCCAGUAGCUGCUUAAAACGUUUUAACUAAGCUAAAAAACCCGAAGGGGCUUUUCAACAAGCUUCCCCACAACUCAAGUUCCCGUUUCCUCCACCCCUUUGUGUGUCUGUUUUUGCUGUGUUGCUUUAUUUUGUCUGUCUACAGCAGGGUUUUUCAGACUCUAGCAUGGCAAGUCUCCUUCUACUCAGCCUGUUUCAGGAAAUGAAAUGCUUUAAAGCUUUCUGUGUAUAAGGGUCUAACUCUAUAUUACUUUAAAUCCAAUGUUUGAAGCGAUAUCAGGUGUUCGUUUGUCUUCAAAGAAAUUGAAGCUCUGCGGUGUAUCCAACUAAGUCCUCCUCAGAGUCGGCCCGUUGAAAUUAAUGAUAAUAAGUGGCUAUGUCUUAAUGACUAAAUGACUCAGGCCUCAAAUAUCUGAAGGACCACCUCCUUCCCUACAGACCCUCUCAGGUGCUGAGGCAGCAGUGCGGGAGAGGGCCUUCUCUGUGGUGGCCCCUAAGCUGUGGAACUCCCUCCCCACAGAGGUGUGUCUGGCACCUUCAUUGUGCAGCUUCUGGUGAAUGCUGACAAGGCAUCUCUUUACCCCUGGCUUUUGACACUUGAGGUGUAUAGUUUUAGAAGCCACUUUCUUUUUUAUGUUUGGAACUUGUUUUAGACUGUUUUUAAUCUUGUGUUUUAAUGUUGUAACCCGUCCUGGGACCUUAGGAUGAAGGGGGGGGGUAUAAUAAAUAAGCAUUUUUAAUGGGUCUACUCUGAGUAGGACUAACAUUGGGUACAACUCUCUGUUUGUGUUGUUCCAAAUAGGGACCACAAUGCAGCAGGAGGAAAGGUUUAACACUUUCCUCCUCUGCUAUCAACCGGGGGGGGGGGGGAUGCAAGUGUGGGGGAAAAUAGAUGCAUCUGCACAGCAAAUAGCAACAGUAAAAUCCUUCCAUUGGCAUCCCAUUGAAGAUGCUUCCAAAUUGCUGCUGCUUUGGGGUGGAUUCAAAUCACAUACCGGCAAAUGCAGGUUGUGCAAUUAAAGUGGAUUUGAUGCUCUUGUGCAACGAACUGACUUCCCCAAUUUUCCACCGCAAUGCUCUCAUUCUCUUGCUCAGCCUUGGUCCUUGCCUCAAGUUCAGCAUCAGCAGGCACCACCCUUAAGCAGCUGCAAAGCGGCCCUUCCUGACACAUCCCCCCCACCCUGCUGCUUUUGGUGCAUGCAACAGACAUCGUGAUUUUUGUGCCCAAAUGGGGAAUGCAGAGGUUGCGAAUGUGAUGGACUCCAGCUCCCAUCAGCCCCAACCGGCAUGGCCAAAGGCCAAGGGUGAUGAUGGGAGUUGUGGUCCCACAACAUAUGGGUGGCUGCCUGAUGCUCAUCAGACAGACAUGGGAAGCUGCCUUCUAUCGACUCCAUCUAACUCAGUAUUGUCUCUGCAAUGAUGGCAGCCGCUCUCCAGGGUUUCAAGCAGUGCUCUCUCCUAGUCUUACCUGGAGAUGCCAGGGAUUGAACCUGGGACCUUCUGCAUGCAAAGCAGAUGCCCUGCCAUUGAGCUAACAUCAGUGGCAUCCUUCUUUAGCAGCAAGCCCUCCCAUCUGCCCCCACUUCCAGCCAUAAAUAAACAGGAGGGGAAAAAGGGCUGCCUGCUGAUAUUUGGAUCUGUGCAGACAUAGGGGUGCUUAUUAGGCCCCCUUCAUACAUGGAGUUGGUCCUGUUCUACGAUUCAGGAACAAGACCCUGAGUUGCAGGGGGUUGGAUUAGAUUACUCUUUGAGUCCCUUCUAACUAACAGUUUUAUGAUUCUAAGAAUAAAUUCCAUGCUGUACUGACACCCCCACCCAUUUGGAAUCUACAGUGUGUUCAGACUCUGUAAGCAAAAACCAGGAAAGUAUUUUUCUAAAUGCAUAGCCUUGUUACAAAAUGUUCUGGUUUGCAAUAAUGAAAGCACUGUACGCGAAGCAAUGCAAUUAACGGUUGCUUUGCGUCGCUUCCCCGUCCGAUUAAACAAAUAAAAGUCAUGCCACUUUCCUUUAACUUAUUUCCUCUGGUGUCUGUGUGUGUUUCCCCUCCUCCCCAGACGGCCUCAGAAUUACACCACCAUUGAGCUGAACGACCGCUGUGAGUUUAUGGCAGACUUCUGA